CUGCCACACCAAUCUCUCAAGCUCAUCAGAAGCGUGAUUAAAUUCAAUGAUUCAUUCAAUCAACCAAACAAAGUGGACAACAUAUGUGAUAAGAGUAAUGAGGAACUCAUCAACUUGAAUGGUAUUCAAAACACAGAGUACAUCGAAUACUUUAACUCAACA